CACACGGACGCUUUACGUCAGCUCAGCAUCCUCCAUCCGCAGCGGACCAGGACCAGGACCAGGACUAAACCAGGACCAAACCAGGACUAAAGACCCGGACAGAGCCUGAACCCAGACACGGCGGAAACCAGGACUAAACCAGGACCAAACCGGGUCUGAACCAGGACUGAAGCGGGUCUGAAGCGGGACUAUGGAAGGCGACGGUGUUCCCUCGAUCGUCGACAUCUCCAUCGCGCUCGCGCUGCAGCCGAACGACGCCCCGGUUUACUUUAAGGUGGACGGGACUCGGUUCGGGCAGUGCCGAACCAUCAAGCUCCUGACGGGCUCCAAGUACAAAGUGUCUGUGGUGAUGAAGCCCGGCUGCGUGCAGGCCACGACCAUGAACAUCGGGGGUGUGGUGUUUCCUCUGGAGGAGCAGAGCCGAGACGAGCAGAGCGUCACCUACCUGGGAAAAUACAACACGGAAGGAGUUCCACACACCAAGAGCGGAGACCGACAGCCCGUCCAAGAUCCCUGACCUGGUCUCGUGUCUCAGUUUCAGAAGGCCGGGACGUUCGAGACCGUGUGGCAGGCGAAGUUCUACAACUACUACAAGAGAGACCAGAGCCAGUGUGGAAACAAGUUCAGCUCCAUCGACUACGAGUGCAAACCCAACGAGACCCGCACGCUCAUGUGGGUCAACAAGGAGGCCUUCAACUGACCCCUGACCCCUGACCCUAACCCCGU